CAAUGAUCAUACGCACAAUUUUCAUCGUCAGUUUAUAUCCGCCUCAGUCUUCGAGUGAACAGCACUCGACAUUAGACGAGAGACUCUUUCAAAUAAUCUGGCAAAAAUGUCGAAAAUGUUACAAGAUACAACUGCAGACAAUUGAUCUAAAUCAUAGUAUGCCUGAGAGAGUUGCAAGGGCGACGUAUUAAUACCGAGUCGCCAAUUUUACAAAUAUCAUUGUCGAACGAGCAGAGCGGUGUCCCAGCUGGAAUGAAAUUUCAUCUAAUUUCGACAACGAUCCUAAGCAUGCAGCUGGAAUUCUAAAGGAAUCGUAUACAGGGUGUUCGAUCAACUUUGGACAAAAUAUUAAUGGGAGAUUCUAGAGGCCAAAAUAAGAUCGUACACGCUAUAAACUCCCCGUACAGAGUCCUGACAUAAAUCCCGUAAGACAUCUAUGGGGCUGAAAUUUUCAGAAAACUCAGAAAUGAUGACGUGAGGUCCAAGGGAAUGUUAAAGAACAAAAUAACGUGUAACGUGCGCGUAUAAACUCGCCUUUGCCCAAUACGCGUGGUUUGGUGGUGGGGCGCGACCGGCCUAGCGAAACCUCGCGUUGACCGGCUCUCUUUCGCUACGGAUCCGUCUUGGUAUAAACAUCACCGUUUAAGGACAGGAAAGGACUCGUCAGAAGGCUUCGACAGGACCAGGAAAGGAUCUUCCGACACAGGCAGCUCCAAAUCCAGCUACGUGGCCUCUGCUCCAGUAAUCAGGGCCACUGCCCACCACCUUCUUCUUAAAGAGGGUAAAACCAAUUUUAUUUCUUUCGCAUGCAAAAGAGACGCACACGAAAUAAAUCAGAAGCUAAACGAUAUGGCAUUGAAAAAACAACAACAGAGAAACUUGUAUAGAGUAUGGAAAGUUGGCUGGAACACUGUAUCGAUGUCAAAGGAGGACUAACCAGAUAUUAAUCCUUUGCAAACACACUUUCCUACGAAAUAGAUAGUAAAUAUUCAAGUAAACAUUUUGUUUACAUUCCCCGCUUGUGUAUCACUUUGAUACAAGAAGAGUGUACAUUUAAAUUCUUUACUGGAUGUCCCUUCAAAGGACAGUCGAGUACAAAGGGUCAAUAUUAAAUAAUUCAAGACUUAUUCGUAUGUUUACCCUAAAUGCCAUGUAAAUUCUGUAUCUAUUGUCAGAUGUCUAUGCAUUCUCGAGACUCCUAUACUUAUUUCGAAAACUGAAACCUAACGAUGUAGAUUCGAUGUAGACUGAACCAAAGAUUCAAAAUAGUGAUAGAAACUCGACCAUUAGCUAACGCAGCGCGGACGUAAUCGCUAAUCCCGACGAGUUUAUCGCCCAUAAAUCACGGCCAGGCGAACUCGUGCCGUGAAUCCGGGAUAAAAAUUCCGAUAGGAUCGUCGAGCGGGUGAAUCGUGCCUGCGUAAUUUCGCGAACCGUGGGCGAACGAGGAAAAAGGGUAAAACGUGGAAAGGCGAGGCUGGUCGAACGACGGGCGCAGGGUGUCCGUGGGACGUUAAUGCGGCAGUGAGACCGUUCGGUGGCGCCAUCUAGGCGGAGGAUCGUGGGAGGAUUGGCUGGCGGCUCGCAGGCGCAUUUCCCGGUGCAUUCUCCGGUACGAGGCUCGUCUCGUCGCGUCAUUCCUUCCCCGCGAUCCGGCGACUGUAGUGCCGCUCUUUACUUCUGCCCGCGCGCCCUUUCUCGUCCCUUUCUCCCUAAGUUCCGUCGGUGCAGGCGCGCUCGCGACUCCCGUCCAGCAGGAUCCGGUUCACUCGCCGCUGCAACAGUUGCUCCGUCGUGCUUCCUGCUCUCGGUUUCCGCCUUGGUUUCUCCUUCGCCUCGUUGCACUGUGUCCGCCUCUCCCACUCCGCCCGUCCACGGUUGGUCUCUUCACGUCUGUUCCCGGCGUACGCGUCCAGUCCCCCUUCCGUCCGCCGACCGAUAAGCGUCCCCACUGUCAGGGUCGAAGAAAGAAGAGGUCGGGGUCCGCUGGUUCUCCGGCACAGCUGUUAACGCGACGUCCGCCUUCCUCCUACGCCUCGGCCCACUCGCGCUCACUACGGCCCGACCCAGGACCCACGGGCCCACCGCCUCUUGAUCAUGUCGCUGAUCGUCGGCUGCUUUCGACGGCUGACCGAGACACCGGCCAGAACCGAGUUGAAGGGUUACAAGGUCACCGACGUGAACCGCACGCGAAAGUUCGGCGUCGCCUGCAGGAGCCUCCAGGAACUGAAACGGAAGGCCUGCGCGAAACUGAACGUGACACAUGACCUCGCUGAAGUCAACGUCUUCCUGCUCGAUGGAUCGCUGAUCGACGAGGAGUACUUUUACACGCUGGAACCUCAGACGACGCUCAUUGUCCAGAAACCUGGGGAAAAAGUGUUGAGCGACGCGGAUCUCCUGUACGACACCUUGAGGCGCGUGAACAUCGAUUUCCUGACUGCCGGCGACAAGGCGUCCGAGUUCCUCACGGAAAACCUUAAGGCGAAGGUCGCCGUUCUGAAUAACGUGCUGAACAACGACGACUCCAAGACGACGCUCACCGCGAGGGACGAGCAUCCGGAGUGGUUCCACGGAUUGGAGACCAACUACACGACCAAAGAGGCGUACAUGCACCGCAGGUGCCAGGACAGGAUACGCGGCUAUCUCUACAAGACGAUCGAUCAGAUUAAAUCGUCGGAGACGUUCGCCAACGACCACAAAGCCAGGAAGCAGCUGCUCUACGCCAUAGCGUUCUUCAAGCUGCAGCUGAAGGAGGACCACUAUUUCGGUUACUAUUUCGACAGGAGCAGGGCGAAGGUUCGCUCGAUGGAGGCCUUCGACGAACAGGACUCGUCUAUUUGCUACGAGCAUUGCCCGUGCAGGCUCGAUCGACUCGACGACAGCGCGUACUUCCGGCUGUUCGGGACGAGCGAGCAAUCAUGCGUGGACGGCGCCAGCAAGAAGCCUGCUGAGAGAAACUCGAAAGUUUCCUCUAGAACGGAGUUGGACGACGGGAGGGAGGAGCAGGAGGACGAGGACAGUUGUCCUUACAGAAUCCGGACGAAAGAAUGGGAGUCCUGCGUUGCUAUCUGCGACCGCAAGGGAGAGUUUCGAUGCGGCGGCGUCUGGAACGCGGACGUCUGCGCCUACGGGCAGAGGCACAAGAUCAACCCUUAUAGAUCGAGGGAGGAUCUGAUCCUGUUCUCCACGUGGAACUUCGAUCACAAAAUCGAGAGGUCCAGAACCCUGGUGCCACAGCUCCUGCAACUGUCUGCGGAAGGAGUAGCCCGGGAGGAGGACAUUCUCGAAAUUUAUGACAAUCUGUUUACAUUGAAGAACCUCAGGCUGGUCCACAUCGUGUGCCACGACAAGGGCUCGCACAAAUAAUUAGACGUUACCGCGUACGGGGGGGGCUGAUUAUCCGUAGAAGAACCUGAUCUGAUUGUAAACCGUAACUCUUCGUUACGAGAACGUGUAUCUAUUUAACGCUGUUGGAUAGUUUAUAGAUUUAAACGUUUGUUAAUGUCGCAUCCGGCAGUGAUUCCGUUGCGCCACGUAGUAAAAAGCAAUACAAGGUCUCUUUCAUCUUUCUUACACAUUGCAACUGUCGUAAUUUUCUAUUCGUAAUAUAUUAUAUAUCGAUGAAUGUUCAAUAGUCGUGUCUACGUUUAACACUCUCCAGCAAGCUGCACCGAUAGCGAAUUAUAAUUAGAAGGCAGGCGUGUCAAAUCUUAUGGCCCCCAUUAGAUUUCAUUCUCCGUGAUGUAAUUAACAAUUCAACUCUUUUCAAUUUUGAAAAUAUUUCAGUCAGCUAAUUUUUAGCUCAGUAUUUCAAACGAUGAUCGAUCCUCUGACUAGUUUGUAUUAUUCAAAGUUCUCAUCUAGAUAAUUUCUGUAACGAGAAAACUCGAAGAUCGAAAUCUUUAGAAACUAAUUUACAUUCGAAUAGAAAUAAUUGUUUCAAUAUGCCUGCCGUAGGGAAGUCCAAGCACAAACUUUUUCGAUGAUCCUUGCACCAAAGAGCAACGGCUGUACCGUCGCUCCCAACUAAAUCGAGAAACAGAUCACUGUACGAGGUCAAAGACUAACUAGGAUGUCCGAGUGUGACGUUUUUUGACAUAUUUUUGAAAAAAAACAGUAUUUAUCCGAUCGUUGUUAUAAAGUAAAUAAGAAAACUAAAAAUAAAAAAUAGCAACCGGAACGACGUAUCUCUCCUUCGGCGCAAAAAUCUGAAUCUGGUGUACAGGGUUCGGCGCAACGGAAUGAUCGCGGAUCUCAGAGAGUUUAUCGACGACGAGCCGCGAGAGCUCGUCGGCAGGUAUUUGUUGCACAUUUUUUCGUUGAACUAGCAACAAAAUGGCCGCACCCGACCGACGGCCUGGACUUUAGGACGGGUUAGUGUUUAUCAUUAGAAAGCGUACUCCGUAGAGUCGAGUAUCUUUCGAAUAUUUUUGAUCCGACUGGUCGACCGAUGACAAAACCAAAGUUCUGAUAUAUACAUAUAUACAUAAAUAUAUAUACAUAUACAUAUUCGUUAUUGAAUUUAGAAAAGACGUAUAUACAUACAUAUAUACGUACAUAUGUGCGCAGGAUGAGUCGGUUGGAACUCGUCACGAGUCAGUCAAUAAUGAUCAAGACAUUCAGAUGAAUUUGUGAAAGGUCGAUAUACUAAAUCGAUCUAUCGAACGAAUAUUGAAAGGUGAUCCCACAGAAAAAUAAAUACGACGCCAUUCAGAUUCCGUGAAGAAUUAGAUUAAAACUGUGGAAGAAGGUUAUAGAUAACCAUAUGCAUAGUUGCUUUAAUUGCAAUAAUUAGGUACACAGUUGUAAGAAAGAAAAAAAUCAUAUGAGGACGAUUACGUUUUAACGAGGUCGAACGGUGGCGUUUUAUCAAGGUUGUAAUUAAUAUCUAACGAAUAAGAAUUAUAAUCACGUUUACUAUGAUUUACACAGUCCACCUAAUUCUGUCUUAAAUAUAGCAUAGAAUUCGAAGCACAAAAUGGCCACCUUGUCUUACAAUACUCGUUCGAUCAGCCACAAACGUUGACUCGUGGCGAGACAACCGUCGUAUUUUGCGUUUACGUACACAUGAACGAUAAAUAUAUACAGAGAUAUACACACCUAUAUAUACAAAAAGAUUAUAUGACGUUUUAGAGACUUACGCGAUAUACCUGAAGCGGUGCUUCUCAGGUGUAGAGAAAAUCUGACGGAAGGACUCGAUUCGAAUGGUCUCUUUUUGAUAAUUCUCCUUUUGAUAUAAUUUCGACUGGCCCGCGUUCGAUCCAUGGUGACGCUCGAAAGGUGCGUCGCCAUGGAUCGUACCGUCUCCAAUUCGACUCACUUUUUACAAAACCUGGAUUACCAUCGACGACGAAGACAAAUAAGGAAGACGGAUCGGUGAAUUUUGGGGAAUUUUUAGGCGAGACCACUCGUGAUUUAGGCGUUCAAUUUAAAAAAUAAAAGAACUUAAAAGCACAAGUCGCCGAUCGACGAGUGUCUCGUCCAAGAGAACCCUUGGGAGGUUCAGUUGAGUAUGCGACGUUCAGUUCGAUUAUGCUUGCGCGUGUCGACGCAGACUGAAACUCGUGAUGCUAACCACAUCGCGUGUCCGUUUCUUGCUUAAAUGGUCGACGAUUAUUUGGUGCGGUUCUGUGGCUACGAAUUCGCUGAAAGCUACGCGGAGUCUCGGUUUUACUAUCGAAAUCACGUGCACCAUUGUUGGCUGAGAUCGAAUUUAGACGAAUUAUCUUCCCUCGACGUUGAAAUAAAAACUUCAGCUCGUUCGUUUGAAUUCUGACAGAAGCAGGCCUCGAAAUGGAUCUGAAAUUUUUAUCCGGCCCUGAAAAACUAAAUUCGCCCAAUUCUGGCUGGGAACUCUCCGCGACAGGAAUUGGUUUAAACGAUUCUGUUUGCAGCAGCGCAGAAAACGCGAGGCUUCUCGUCCCAUCAAUCCGCUUUGCUCUAAUGGACAUUAGAAAUUCUGUGACACUGUAGACAGUAUCGUAUCGAUCGAAUGUAAUCGUCAAAACUAUUCUGACAACAAGACUCACAGAAAUAUAAUUUAAAAAUUAGAAGCUUCAAUUAUAAACGCGUAAUUUCCCCAUUGAUUGCACAAUUUUGCGAAUCUUGAGUAUUCUUCUCAGCCACCAAUGAUCCACGGAGUCCCCACGAAUCGUUAUAGAAGGUGUGUGCACGAAGAAGAUCGUCGUGCUCGGAGCAAUGAAAAUUAUUCGUCGCGAGCUAACAACAAACGCGUUUCGAUGAAAGUACUGGCACGAUUCGAACACGGCGGAUCUUCGAGUGGCAGAAUUCUGUGAACGUUUCGAGUUCGUGCCAGUAUCGUUCGUCGAUCGUUCUAGGAGAAAUCCCAGUUUUAUCAGCGGUGGUACACAUGUUCGUUUUCGCGAGGUAGUUGGCAGCACUUCCAUCGUCGAAACCUCGCGACCGAAGGUAUAUAAACGCAUUGAUUUCUGCGCACAGCUUCGAAUUACUUUAAUCCUACACGGCUAACCACGUUUACAAUCCGUUUGCACUUUCAGCUAUUUCCAGAAAUUGGCGUGAAAUCAAAAAGUUGAUCGCGCGGGACGAAACGGUGAAAGUUCGUCGCGUCGGAGAGCAACGAUAUCAAAAGAUACCUGUUCAGCAUCGUGAUAUUACUCGAAAAAACGGUAAAUGAAAAAUAGGGGAAUAUUUUUGUGAAAUAUCGCGUUCCAAAGAAUCCGCGGAUUCGGCGCGGUUAGGCGAAACUGCAGAAAAAUAAAGUGCAAUACUUCCUCGUAGGCUACUUGUAAGCAUAGUUAUUUUUCAAUGUAAAACGACUGUGUAGAUCUACUUUAGGCAAAAUAUAUAUUUUAGGUACGUGCGAGUGGGGAAAAAGAGAGAACAAGUGA